UUGUUCGCUUCUCUCUGCUUUCCCUCCCUCCCCAGCCUCUGCUCUGCAGCCUGCCCGUACGGAGGAAAGGUGGAGGGGUGGGGGGGGAGGGGGGGGAACACAGCCGACCCAAAAAGCGAGCCCGGCUUCCAGCCGCCACCCUCCGCGACGGAAGAAAAGAGGGACUGAGAGCACGAGAAAAAAGAAGAAGAGGAAAAAAAGGAUCUCGGCUUGUCCAGCCCUUCCGCGGCAACGGGAGCACGCAGCGAACCCGGUGGAUUUUUUUUCUCCCCUUCUUCGGCAUUGCUUUUCAAGCGCAAGGACUUCAACCCGGGGAAAAAGAGCCGCAGAGGGAGAACAACACCACAGAAAGCAAGACGAAUAAUGAACAAUCCUGUUACCCUACUGUCCCGAGGGCCGAGGAUGUGCCCCGGCUCGGGAAGUUGUAGGCUGUAGAAGUUCUGCCUCUCCCCCAUGUACUGUGCUGUUUAGAGCUUGUUUCCCCCCACCCUAUUUUUUUUUUUCUUUUUGGUGCUUUCUCGUUGUUAUUGUUAUUAUCUUAAUUUUUCUUCUCCAUGAUGUGCUGUUAGAAACCACUCCAGGACUACUCCAGCAGUAGGAAGAUCGAGGAGUGGAGUGGAUGAAUAUACCGAUGAGAGAUCCAGUGAUCCCUGGGACAAGCAUGGCUUAUCAUCCUUUUUUACCUCACCGGGCACCGGACUUUGCCAUGAGCGCCGUGCUGGGAUAUCAGCCCCCUUUUUUCCCGGCCCUGGCUUUGCCCCCCAACGGGGCGGCCGCCCUCUCCCUCCCCGGGGCCCUGGCUAAGCCCAUUAUGGAUCAGCUAGUGGGGGCUGCAGAGACUGCUAUCCCUUUUUCUUCCCUGGGCCACCAGGCAGCAGCCCAUCUGAGGCCUUUAAAAACUCUGGAGCCAGAAGAAGAAGUGGAAGACGACCCGAAAGUGCACCUGGAAGCCAAAGAGCUUUGGGAACAAUUCCAUAAAAGAGGCACGGAGAUGGUGAUCACCAAAUCGGGAAGGAGAAUGUUUCCUCCGUUUAAAGUGAGAUGCACUGGACUGGAUAAAAAGGCCAAGUACAUUUUAUUGAUGGAUAUUGUGGCGGCUGAUGACUGUAGAUACAAAUUCCAUAAUUCCCGUUGGAUGGUAGCAGGCAAAGCUGACCCUGAAAUGCCAAAGAGAAUGUACAUCCACCCGGACAGCCCGGCCACCGGAGAACAAUGGAUGUCCAAAGUCGUCACCUUUCACAAGCUGAAGCUCACUAACAACAUCUCCGACAAGCACGGAUUUGUGAGUCCUUUUCCCCUCUCCCCAAGCACUGUUCCCCCGCAGCGCCCGGCCCGGAGCUUUCCCAGGCACUGCAAUUCGGGCACCACACGUGUGUGGAAAAUGGGGAAUAAACCAGCCCCUGCAUGCAGCCGGCUGGUGUGUUUAUGUCCAGUUAAAACGUUCCUUUCUUUUUCUGUUGCCGAGGUCAGGAUUAAAAUCACUCAAUUAAAAAUUGACAACAACCCCUUUGCUAAAGGUUUUCGCGACACUGGGAAUGGAAGGAGGGAAAAAAGGAAGCAGCUGACCCUGCAGUCCAUGCGGGUGUACGACGAGAGGCAGAAAAAAGAAAAUCCCACUUCGGACGAAUCGUCCAACGAGCAGACAGCCUUCAAGUGCUUCGCCCAGUCCUCCUGCCCUGCCGUGCCCGCCGUCGGCACCUCCAGCCUCAAAGAUCUCUGUCCCAGCGAGGGUGACAGCGAUGCCGACAGCAAAGACGACCCUUUGCUAGAAGCCAGCGAGUCGGGCAAAAUCAGCACGACCACCGGCCACCACCCCGCCCGCGAAAAGGGGGGCAGCCCCUCCAAAAGCCACUUCUUCCCCAGCGACUCGGCGACGAGUCGGAGCCGGAGAGGACGGAAAAAAGCCCCUCCGGACUCCCGGCACAGCCCGGCCACCAUCUCCUCCAGCAGCCGGGGGGGGAGGCUUGAGCGGCGAGGAACUGAAAAGCCCCCUGGGACGGCCCUAAAGUAGAACGAGAACCGGCUGCUGGGCAAAGAGCCCUUCGCCCCUCUCACGGUCCAGACCGACAGCACGGCGCACCUGAGCCAGGGACAUUUGCAGAACCUGGGGUUUCCCCCUGCUCUGGCCGGCCAGCAGUUCUUCAACCCUCUGGGAAACGGGCAUCCACUGCUGCUGCACCCCGGGCAGUUCGCUAUGGGUGGGGCUUUCUCCGGCAUGGCCGCGGGCAUGGGUCCGCUGCUCGCCACAGUGUCGGGGGCUUCUGCCGGCGGCUCGGGACUGGACAGCACGGUGAUGGCCACGGCGGCCGCCCAGGGACUCUCGGGAGCAUCCACGCCGCUCUGCCCUUCCCACCUGCAGCAGCACGUCCUGGCCUCUCAGGGCUUGGCCAUGUCUCCCUUCGGCAGCCUCUUCCCCUACCCCUACACCUACAUGGCGGCGGCGGCGGCGGCUUCCAGCGCGGCCUCCAGUUCUGUGCACCGGCAUCCCUUCCUCAACGCCGUGCGGCCCCGGCUCCGCUACAGCCCCUACCCGUUGCCCGUGCCCCUGCCCGACGGCAGCAGCCUCCUCACCACCGCGCUGCCCGGAGCCCUGGCCGCGACCUCCGGAGAGACCAAAGGCAGCGCUCUGGCCUCCAGCCCCGGCGCCGUGCCUCUGGACUCCGCCUCGGACCUCACCAGCCGCUCGUCCACGCUCUCCUCCGGCUCGGUAUCCCUGUCCCCAAAGCUGGGAGCCGACAAGGAGGCGGCUACCAGCGAACUGCAGAACAUCCAGCGCCUGGUCAGCGGCCUCGACCCCAAGCAGGACAGAUCCCGCAGCGGCUCCCCGUAGCCGCCAGCUCAUUUCAAACCAGUCUCGCAAUGCACUUUGUUUGAAAGAAACCACAUCCUCCAUCCCGCCAAGCCUUUCAGCCCUCCCUCCUAUCCUCCCCCCUUUCCCCUUUUUAUUUUAUUGUUUUUUGUUUGUUUGUUUGUUUGUUUAAGUUUUAUUUUUAAUAUAAAUCGCCCGGAGUCUUGUGGGCGCUGAUCAGCAAAAAGUGUCGAGCUGGGGGAGGGG